GCGUCCGCGUUGCCGCGGUGACGGGCGCGCAGGGCGUUUCCUGCUGUCGGCGGCGAUGGCGACGCGAGUAACGGUCGGCGGUGAGCGGCAGUAACGCGAGUGAAGGAAGGGGCAGCUCAGCGGGCCCGCAGUGUCGGCUGACGAUAUUUGACCUGCAAGACUGAUCUAUGUGUUUAGCAAAUUCACAUGGAGCACUUAAAUAUAAAGUUAUACCAAUUAGAAGACAGUAAUCAUGACAGCGGAAGAGACUAUCAAUGUUAAAGAGGCAGAAAUAAUCAAGCUAAUCCUGGAUUUUCUUAAUUCAAGGAAACUCCACAUUAGCAUGCUAUCUCUUGAGAAAGAGAGUGGUGUCAUAAAUGGACUGUAUUCAGAUGACAUGCUUUUUCUCAGGCAACUCGUGCUUGAUGGCCAUUGGGAUGAAGUGCUUCAGUUUAUUCAGCCACUUGAGUGCAUGGAAAAAUUUGAUGGAAAGAGGUUCCGGUACAUUAUAAUGAAACAGAAGUUUUUGGAGGCCUUGUGUGUCAACAAUGCAGUGUCAGCAGAUGAUGAACCUCAACAUUUGGAGUACACAAUGCAAGAGGCUGUGAAGUGUCUCCAUGCAUUAGAGGAAUAUUGCUCCUCCAAGGAUGACUACAGCGAACUCUGCCUACUGCUUACCCUUCCUCGGUUAACGAACCAUGCAGAGUUUAAGGAUUGGAACCCCAGCACUGCUCGUGUUCAGUGCUUUGAUGAAGCGUGUAUAAUGGUGGCAGAGUUCAUCCCUGCUGACAGGAAGCUGAGUGAAGCUGGGUUCAAAGCCAGCAAUAACAGACUAUUUCAACUUAUCAUUAAAGGUCUACUAUACGAGUCGUGUGUAGAAUUCUGUCAGAGUAGAGCCACUGGUGAAGAAAUCAGCGAGAGUGAAGUGCUGGUUGGAAUUGACUUACUCUGUGGAAAUGGAUGUGAUGAUCUUGAUUUGAGUCUUCUCUCGUGGCUGCAGAAUUUGUCACCUAGUACUUUCUCCUGUGCCUUUGAGCAAAAGGUUUUGAAUAUCCACACAGACAAACUUGUGAAACCCACAAGAUCUUCAUACACUGAUAUUUUAACGCCCCUAAUUAAUAAAUUGUCUCCUUAUCCAUCAUCUCCAAUGAGGCGCCCACAGUCUGCCGAUGCAUACAUGUCACGUUCCUUGAAUCCUGCGUUGGAUGGCCUGUCCUAUGGAUUGACGAGUCAGGAGAAGCGCAAUGCUGAAUUAGUAAACAGAGAUUCUCCCAUGUCUCAUUCCUUUGCUAACUUUCACUAUCCUGGCACGCAAAAUCUUUCCAGAAGUCUCUUGCUGGAAAACACGGACUGUCACAGUAUAUAUGAGGUAUCACCAGAAAGGACAGAAUCCCCAAUGCCAAAUGUUCAACAUUCUACUGGUACUGAUGAAGCUUCAAUUCUGGAUGAAACAUCCCCAUGUAAUUCAGUAGAAGCAGCAUUAAAUCCAACUACCCCAAAAGUGGAGAAGAAUGAGCUGAAGGAAUCUACAGAUCAAUUUCAGGAAUACUAUCGACAGCGGAUGCGCUACCAACAGCAUCUGGAACAAAAGGAGCAACAAAAGCAACUGUACCAGCAGAUGUUACUGGAAGGGGGAGUCAAUGAGGAAGGUGGAGCAGCUCAGCAACAGAACCUCACAGAGCAGUUCCUCAGCAGAUCGAUGCAAAAAUUGGAAGAAUUAAAUUUAGGAAUGGAGAAUGGGAGCACAGAGGCACUGUCUCCUAAUCAACAGUGCAAUGGAAACCAGUCAACUGUACAAAAUGAUUCUUCAUCGCCUGAUUUUAUAACGCCUCUUGAAGUUCAACAACAAAAUUCAGAAUUAACAGAUGUCACAAGUACUCCAACGAAACCCAACACUGGAAAUGUGUUCCCAUAUUCUGAAACAUCUUCAUUCUUUUCUAUGCACAAGGGAGAUUGUACUGCUUCAACAGAUCUUGCAAUAAGCCCACCAAGAGCAGAAAACCUGAGCGGAAAUAACACAAAGAAUGAAGAGGAAGAUAAAUCCAAAAAGCAAUUUAUUGCCAUUAAUACUCUUGAAGAUACUCAAGCCAUAAGAGCUGUGGCGUUCCAUCCAAGUGGAAAACUCUAUGCAGUUGGUUCAAAUACCAAAACCUUGCGAGUUUGUGCAUACCCUGAUGUUAUUGACCCAAGUGCAUACAGUUCACCUGAGCAACCUGUAGUUAAGUUUAAAAGGAACAAGCACCACAAAGGAUCGAUUUAUUGUGUGGCUUGGAGUAAGUGUGGACAACUGUUAGCAACUGGAUCGAAUGAUAAAUAUGUGAAAGUGCUGCCAUUUAGUGCAGAGACCUGCAAUGCUACAGGUCCUGACUUGGAGUUCAGCAUGCAUGAUGGUACAAUUCGUGAUCUUGCUUUUAUGGAGGGCCCAGAAAGUGGAGGGGCAAUCUUAAUCAGUGCCGGUGCUGGAGAUUGUAAUAUUUACACAACAGAUUGUCAGAGGGGCCAGGGAUUGCACGCACUCAGUGGACACACUGGUCAUAUUCUUGCACUUUAUACUUGGGGAGGAUGGAUGAUUGCUUCUGGCUCACAAGACAAGACUGUAAGAUUCUGGGAUUUGAGAGUGCCAAGUUGUGUUCGUGUUGUUGGGACAGCAUUUCAUGGAUCAGGCAGUGCUGUUGCUUCUGUGGCUGUGGAUCCAAGUGGGCGACUUCUAGCUACAGGCCAGGAGGAUUCCAGCUGCAUGCUGUACGAUAUUCGAGGAGGGAGAAUGGUACAAAUUUACCAACCGCAUAGCAGUGAUGUACGUUCAGUGAGGUUCUCUCCAGGAGCUUACUACCUACUUACUGGAUCUUAUGACACCACUGUUAAAGUCACAGAUUUGCGAGGAGAUCUAAUAAAGCCACUUCCUUCAACAGUAAUAUCUGAGCAUAAGGACAAAGUAAUCCAGUGCAGAUGGCACACCGAAGAUCUGUCUUUCUUAUCUUCGUCUGCCGACAGGACGGUAACCCUCUGGACUUACAAUAGUAGUUGACUCAUUGAUGCCAAUGCAAACAAAGCACAAUUGUAACUGUCGUUUGGCAAUCAUAGAUUGGUCACUAUGUAAGUGAUCAGUCGAAAUAUAUGAGACAACACAGAUCAAUAUGUGCUACUGUUGAAUUUAAAUGGAACUGCUAUGUUUGUAUUAUGCUGUGCUUAAGUCUUCCCUGUGUGAUCAUGCUGUCAGUGAGAUCAGACACCAAAUGUACACAAUGACUGAAUCAAGUGAGGCAAAUGUUCAUUUAGUAUUUAUGACAUGUUCAUGGCACCAGUGACUGAUGUAAAAAGUUGCCUGAGUAUUACAGUUCCAAUUAUUGCUUGUACAUUUUAAUUUUGCAUAAACUGACAACUACUCAUUUAAGCACUAAUUUGUUGCUCUGAUGCAAGAACUGCUAAAAUUAAUCAAUUCUGAUAACACAAAAGUACAUGCACACCAUUUUCGAUAUGAUUACUAUUGGCAUUAGCAUGGCAUUUACAUUGUGUGUCUACUUGUGUGGACGUGUGUAUACACGGGAUAAUAGUAUCGUACGUGUCCAUGAACGAUAAUGCUUGUGUUGUGGUUAGUAUUAAAUAAGUAAAUUUUAUUUUUUUGUUUAUAUGUAAUGCUUUAUUAUAUUUUCUAUUGUACAGUUUAAUAUAAAUACUGAAACAUUGGGUUUAUUAAUAUUUAAUGUGUAUUUGCAUUUUGGUUACAAAGAGCUUGAUGUAACAGCAGUAGUGUAGUGUUAAAGUUACUGGACUAGUAUCCAAAAACCUGGACUAUUUAACUAGAGACAUCAAUUUUAAUCCCACUGCAGCAGUUGGGAAUUUAAAUUUGAGUAAUUAAUUAGAUCUGGAAUAAAAAGCCAGUGUCAGCGAAAGGAGGCAUGAAACUACUGGAUUGUUGUAAAAGCUAAUCGAGUUCAUUGAUGUCGUUCAGGGAAGGAACUCUGCCAAGUUUGCUUGGUCUGGUUAAAGACUUGACUCCAGACCCACCUGUGGUGUUGACUCUUACAUGCCUUCUCAAUUUAGGGUAAUUAGAGAUGUACGCAAUGACUAAAAAUCUCACCUCUCUUUGUCUUAACCCUUUUAAUUAAAAUUGUAUUGACAAUUCUGAAGUGUGAUAGUGCAGUGUUCUCAAUAAAAUAUUUGAUGACGAAUCAU